AAAAGACACAGACACGCACGGGAGGCGGAGCAUAUUUGAAUCCAGUCACCAAUUACUCAGGAAAAUUCGUGGGUUUCCACGGGUAUGAUUAUAAUUGUUAUUAUCCUCAUUUGCACUUCAAAACAAAAGCAAUAGACAAGCGUAGCUAUGGGUUCGUCUUCAUCCGAAGUUUUUCCAAAAAUGCAGGAAAUCAUGCUGGAGUUUCGUGCUGGUAAAAUGUAUUUUGAGGGGAAAAGGGUUGUCCCUGAUAGUCGCAAAGGGCUUAUUCGCAUAGCAAGGGGGGAGGAAGGCUUGGUCCAUUUUCAGUGGAUUGAUCGGACAAAGAAUAUUGUCGAAGAUGAUCAAAUAGUAUUUCCUGAUGAGGCAUUUUUUGAGAAGGUUAAUGUUUCAUCAGGACGGGUGUACAUAUUGAAGUUCGAUAGCGACGACAGGAAGUUCUUUUUUUGGAUGCAGGAGCCUAAUGCAGAUGGUGAUUCACAAUUAUGCAGUGCAGUCAAUUACCACCUCAAUCAACCAAUAGAGUUCCCUGGUGAAGAAGAUCCUGAUCCUUCUGUUCCUUUACAAGUUUCUGAAGAUAUGGUCGAAGAUGAUAUUUCAUCAAGGGCUGGAAACUUGGUAGGCCCAAACUUGGGUGUGGAUGUAACUAGUGAAGUCACCUCUUCAUCUGGACCAGUGAAAUUGGAGGACCUGCAACGAAUCUUGAGUAACAUUGGGCCUGCAGAUAAUGCUGAAGAUUCGGAUGGAGGCUUGGGACUGAGAGAUAUUUUGAAGCCUGAUUUGAUAAUGCCGUUGAUUGAAACAUUGCCAUUGGAACAGUGUUUAACAUCAUACUUACCUGAGGGUCAAUGGACUCCAGAGGAUAUAUUGGAGUUGCUGCAGAGUCCACCUUUCUGCCAACAAGUGGAUUCAUUUACUUAUGUGCUUCGAACUGGACAGAUAGAUUUGUCUCAGUUUGGUAUUGACCCAAGUAAAUAUAAGCUCACUGUUUUAUCCUUUCUCGAGGCACUUGAGGAUUCUGUUGCCGGGUCAUCAGAUUCCGAGGAGUCAAGGCAAGACGACAAGGACUUGAGACCUCAAUCAUGUAAGCGGAGUGACUCCAUGGAUGAGUCCCAAUAGCGGAGGCAGUUUUAUGCAUCCCCUGUUAGUUUGUUUUCUCCUUGAUUGUUUUUUGGCAAGUGAGACUUAUCUUCUCACUUACCACCGACAUUUUUCUUCAUGGGAAAAAGGGGCAUGGCUGUUGGGGAAGAAGCAAUGAAAGGUAUUGGUUUUAGUUUGCUUUCAUAACUCCUCUGUACACAUAUCUAUAAAUCCUCAGAUAUUUCUUCUUCUUCCUUUUUUUUUCAAUAAACAAUUGAAUUUUAUGUUACAUUAAAGUCAUUAUACGCAUGUGACCUUGAA